AUUGCUGCAUUAUACACUGAAUUGGAGGCUUUCCAGCUGAAAUGGAAUAGAUUUUACAACAAAUAUGGCUUAAUUGGAGGGUGCAUUUCUCUAGACCUAAAAAAGGAACAACAAAAUAAAGUAUUAAAAACUUUAUGGAGAGCACUUGGCCCAAACUUAAAUGAGGAGAAUGCUUCUCGUGUAGCUAAUACAUUGGAGCUUCUGGAAAAACUAAUUAGCUCAAUAGAUAAUGACUGUGCAAUGUCUGAGAGAUGGGGUCACAGAUCAGUUGGUGAGACUGUCGAACCAGUAAUGCAAGUUACGUCUGAUUUGGUUGAAAUCAAAGCAUUUGAAUUCACUCCAGGACGGGAAGGUCAUAAGUCCUUUCAGGAUUUUUCUACUAGUCUUGUUGAUAUUGACUACAGAGACCUUCACAGAUGGAUGAAAGAAAAACUAAAACUAUGGGGAAGCAUUUUUGAUACUAAGAUAGUUCUUAAUUUAAUACUAUAG